AUGUUCACCAAGUGUAUUCUAGCCUCUGUCCUCGUCCUCCAGGUUUGCUGGGCAGUGCCCUACAACCUGACACCACGCAUCACGGACGGAGUAGAUGCCGCACGUGGCGAAUUUCCGUACCAGGUUUCUAUUCAAUGGGGAAUCCCACCCAUAACGCAAUACAGCCACUCCUGCGGUGGUUCCAUCCUGAAUGAGCAUUGGAUCUUAACCGCGGGCCACUGUGUCAUGAAAGUUGGCAAAUCUAGAGUCGUUGCUGGAAAAUACUUAUUGAACAAAUCCGAAUCGCAAGAACAACUGGUUGAGGUCGACAAGAGUAUUGUCCACAGUGGCUACAAGGGUGGUGUAGCGCAACAUGACAUCGCUCUGUUGCAUUUGAAGACUCCUCUGAAAUUGAACAAUUUGGUAAAGCCUAUUAAGCUGCCCACGCAAGGACAGAAACAAACCGGUGAAGCUAUUCUCUCCGGAUGGGGAUCAACUUCUAAGGGAGUGUUACCUUCCCUGCCAAAUACUCUCCAAAAGGCUGUCGUUCCUAUUGAGGACAACGCUCAGUGCUUGGAGGAACUUAAGAGCGCAAGUUCCAUUGGUCAACAACCGGAAAUCUUCGACACGCAAGUCUGCAGUGGAUCCGCUGGAAAGGAAAUAUCCGCCUGCUCCGGUGACUCUGGUGGCCCACUUGCCCAAGGAUCUGGAGACAACGCCGUCCAAGUCGGUAUCGUCUCCUGGGGCAUGAUGCCAUGCGGAGUUAGCAAGAUGCCAUCCGUGUACACCCGCGUCGCCUCCUACGUUGACUGGAUUCAUGAACACAUGAAAUAA